AUACGAGUAAACAUGUUUACUUUAAUUAGCUCUCUCUAUAUAAGAUAAAUGAACAUGUUUGUUGAAAUUAUAUAUCUAUAUAUACAUAAUUUUUUUAUAGCUGGCUUAUUCAAAAAAUUUCAUUAUAAGAAAGCUUGUUAAGCAACUUUACGUAACUAAAUGAUUGGUUUGUUGCAAAAUGUAUGGAUCGUUGGUUAAACAACAAACACUAACUUCAAACAAAUACUUGAUAAAAAUACUUCGUCAACAAAAAAAAUUUCUAAAGACAGAAAAAAUUAACCCAAAAUAUUCAAAAGUUCCUAAAAUACAUUUUAAGCCAUAUUUAUCCAAUACUGAAUGUGAAAUUUUAUUAGAACAAGGAAAACUUUUGAAAGGAUCAAUUCAAGUGUUUUCGCGUUUAGAUUCAUUUGUCAAAAUUGGUGAUGGUGUUAAAGAUUUACAUGUUCAAGGUCUUGAAUCAAGAAACCGUGCAUUGAAUGGUGAUAUUGUUGCAGUACAGCUUUUGCCAGAUCAAGAAGAAAAAACGCGACAAAAAAAAGCAGAAGUUGUUAAAAUAAUUGAAGAAAAGCAUCCUAGAAUUGUCCCUGGUCAAGUUAAACCCUACUAUGGACAUAGAUAUGGCUUUGCAAUAAUGUUUCCUACAGAUAGUUCAUUCCCCAUUAUUAUGCUACCUUUAAAAAAUUUUCCUAAAGAUUUUAUUGAUCGACCUCUAGAUUUUGAAAAAUCUCUUUUUUUAGCAAAAAUAACUAAUUGGGAUCAAAAUUUGUAUUAUGCAUGUGGUAAACUUGUAAGCUUUCUUGGUGAAUCUGGUUCAGUAGAAGCAGAAACAGAGGCCAUAAUUAAAAAAAAUUUAAUUUAUGAUACCCCAUUUCCAAAAAAAUGUCUAAAAACCCUUCCUCAAAAAAAUACCUGGUGUAUCCCUUCUGAAGAGUUAAAUAAAAGAAGCGAUCUACGAAAAGAAUGUAUCUUUACAAUUGACCCUUCAACUGCCAGAGAUUUAGAUGAUGCUCUAUCAUGUAAGAAGAUUGCAGAUGAUCUUUAUGAAGUAGGUGUUCACAUAGCAGAUGUAAGUUAUUUUGUUAAAGAAAAUAGUGCUCUUGAUAAAGUUGCACAAUUACGAGCAACUAGUGUUUACUUAACACAAAAAGUCAUUCCUAUGUUGCCUUCAAUUCUUAGUGAGGAUCUAUGCAGUUUAAAUCCUGGUGUCGAUCGUCUCGCCUACUCAGUUAUAUUUAAUAUAAAAUCAGAUGGAACAAUUAUUAAUGAAAAGUUUGUUCGCACUGUCAUUUGUUCACAAGUUAAGUUGACUUACUGUCAGGCACAGCAGUUAAUUGAAAAUCAAUUAACUGAUUAUUUAAUUACUAAUGACUUUCCAAAGAUUUAUGGUGGAUUUACCUUGGAAAAUAUAAAAGAUUCACUGUAUACAUUGUUUCAAAUUUCAAAGAACCUUCGAAAACAGCGACAUAAUGCAGGAGCAAUAAGUUAUAACUUACCUGAAAUAAUUUUUAACUUGAAUGAAGAAAAAGAUAAACCUAUUGGUUUAUCUCUUUAUAAAUAUAAGGAUAGCAAUAAGUUAAUUGAAGAGUUUAUGCUGCUUGCAAACAUGUCAGUUGCACGAAAAAUAUAUGAGGCUCAUCCAAAAAAAGCAGUGUUAAGACGUCAUCCUCCUCCAAAUCAAAUAAUGAUGGAAGACCUUGCAAAAUUAUUUCAGUUGUACGAAUUAGAUUUUGAUCUUGGUAGCAACCAAAGUAUAAACAAGUCUCUUGAGAAAUUAUCUGGCCUUGAAAAUGAAUUAAAAACUUUUUUAGAGCCAGCCAUUGUUUUAAUGUUGACUAAGCCAUUUUUGCUUGCUAGUUAUUUCUGCAGUGGAGCUGUUACAAAUGAACAAGAUUUCCAUCACUAUGGUUUAAAUGUUCCGCUUUAUACUCACUUUACAUCACCGAUUCGAAGAUAUCCUGACAUUUUAGUGCAUCGAUGUUUAACAGCAGCUCUAGAUAGUAAAUUUGCUGUUAAUAAAAGUGUUGAAGAUAUAAAACGUAUUACUGAUCAAUGUAACAUUAAAAAAUAUAAUGCAGACAAAGCUUCAGAAGAAAGUUCAGAGUUAUUUUUUUGUCUAUUUUUGAUGCAAUCUGGUUCCUUGCAAGAAAAAGGAGUUGUUGUUGCAGUUCUUAAUAACAGAGUUGACAUUCUAUGCACAAGAUUAGGUUUUGUAAAGCGAGUUUAUUAUCAGGAUUUACCGUGCAAAUAUACGUAUGAAUUAGAUGAAAAAAUGAGACCAAAGUUAUCCUUAAAAUGGACAAAAGACGAUAAAAAAGUAUUUGAAUUAGAUGAAGAUAUUCCAAUUAUUGAACAACCUGAAACAAGUGUGCAACAUAUGCAAAUGUUUGCAUCUGUUGAUGUUAUUUUGAAGGUAGAUAAAAAUUAUCCAACAAAAGUUACAUUAGUUCUGAAAAAUCCAUUUGCAGGUAAAAUGACAACAUUAGAUUUAUAACAGUUUAAAUUGAAUUUUUAAUCUUUUUA